CGCGCUUAGGGCGGACCGGCCGGGGGCUCCGAGGGCGCCGGGGCUCCGAGGGCUCCGUAGGGCGCGCGUCGGGGCGGCGGUCAUGGAGGCAACUGGCGGCGGCUUCCGGAAGGAACUGGUGAGCAAGCUGUUGCAGAUGCACUUUACGGACAGUAAGACCAAAGUCAGUGGGGAUGCGCUAAGGCUCAUGGCGGAGCUGCUGACCAUCUUCGUUGUGGAAGCAGCUAUCCGCAGCGUCCGACAGGCCCAGGCAGAGGACCUGGCUCUUGUGGAUGUGGACCAGCUGGAGAAGGUGCUGCCUCAGCUGCUCCUGGACUUCUAGGGGCUCCCACCCCUACUGCGCCUGCUGUCCCAGUCAAGACCAAGCCCUGCGCCCACAUUUCUGUGGCCUCUGGCCCCAGCCUGAGGUCCUGGCAGAUGCUCUGCUGCUCCCGGGGUUCUCUGUCCUGCUGCUGACCCGCUGGACACAGCAGAUGGAGUGGCUGAGGGGAGGUGGGGGGCAGGUGCCCUCCCCUCACCCCUCACACCCACCGGGGAGAAAGCAGGUGCGGAGAAGUAGGGGGCCUGACACCCCGACAUCAAAGCUUCCCUGCAACCUCUUAACCACUCGCUGCCCCUCGGAAGACGCUUCCCUGAACUACACGUUUACUCUCCCGAGGCAACAUCAAUAAAUCAAAGCCGCCCGCCAGGCACA